AUGUCUUCUGGUGCCUCUUUCAUCUUCCUUUUCUUCUUCCUCACUAGCUUCACAGCUUCUGUUGAAAAUGUUUUCUAUAUAAAGCAUAUUUGCCCAAAUACGACAACUUAUUCAAGAAACAGCCCUUACUUGACUAAUCUCAGAACCCUUUUGUCUUCUCUUUCUGCCCCCAACGCCUCUUACUCUACUGGAUUCCAAAGCGCCAGGGCGGGACAAGCCCCUGAUAGAGUCACCGGACUUUUCCUUUGCCGCGGAGACGUCUCACCGGCAGUUUGUCGUAACUGCGUCGCCUUCUCCAUCAACGACACACUCGUUCAGUGUCCGAGUGAGAGAAAAUCCGUGUUUUAUUAUGAUGAGUGUAUGCUCAGAUACUCUGACCAGAAUAUUCUCUCGACCCUUGCAUACGAUGGAGCAUGGAUCAGGAUGAACGGAAAUAUUUCAAUUGAUCAAAAUCAAAUGAACCGGUUCAAAGAUUUUGUGUCGUCUACGAUGAAUCAAGCUGCCGUCAAAGCGGCGAGCAGUCCUAGAAAGUUCUAUACGGUAAAGGCCACUUGGACAGCACUCCAGACGUUGUACGGCCUGGUUCAGUGCACUCCUGAUCUUACAAGACAAGACUGCUUCAGCUGUCUGGAAAGUUCCAUCAAAUUAAUGCCUCUUUACAAAACUGGAGGAAGAACUCUUUACUCUAGUUGUAAUUCAAGGUACGAGCUUUUCGCGUUCUACAACGAAACUACUGUUAGAACACAACAAGCACCACCACCGCUACCUCCUUCGUCUACUCCUCUGGUGACAUCUCCUUCACUACCAGGGAAAAGUUGGAAUUCAAAUGUGUUAGUGGUUGCAAUUGUUCUGACCAUCCUUGUGGCUGCUCUACUUUUGAUAGCUGGUUAUUGUUUUGCAAAAAGGGUUAAGAAUUCUUCUGAUAAUGCACCAGCCUUUGAUGGAGAUGAUAUAACAACCGAGUCGCUGCAACUUGAUUAUAGAAUGAUUCGAGCUGCAACAAAUAAGUUUUCAGAAAAUAAUAAGAUAGGUCAAGGUGGAUUUGGUGAGGUUUACAAGGGUACAUUUUCGAAUGGAACUGAAGUAGCGGUUAAGAGACUGUCAAAAUCUUCAGGACAAGGUGACACAGAGUUCAAGAACGAGGUUGUUGUUGUUGCAAAGCUUCAGCAUAGAAAUCUGGUUAGGCUUCUAGGAUUUUCUAUAGGAGGAGGAGAAAGGAUAUUGGUCUACGAGUAUAUGCCCAACAAAAGCCUUGAUUACUUUCUCUUUGAUCCUGCGAAGCAAAAUCAGCUGGACUGGACUCGACGAUACAAGGUCAUUGGAGGGAUUGCUCGAGGAAUUUUAUAUCUUCAUCAAGAUUCAAGGCUCACAAUCAUACACCGUGACCUCAAAGCAAGUAACAUUCUCCUGGAUGCGGAUAUGAAUCCCAAACUUGCUGAUUUUGGACUGGCAAGGAUCUUUGGAAUGGACCAAACCCAGGAAAACACAAGCAGAAUAGUUGGUACCUUCGGUUACAUGGCUCCUGAAUAUGCAAUACAUGGCCAGUUCUCGGUGAAAUCUGAUGUGUAUAGCUUCGGAGUGUUGGUGCUUGAGAUUAUAAGCGGUAAGAAGAACAACAGCUUUUACGAGACAGACGGCGCACAUGACUUGGUCACACAUGCUUGGAGGCUUUGGAGUAAUGGAACAGCAUUAGACCUCGUGGAUCCAAUUAUUAUAGAUAAUUGCCAAAAGAGUGAAGUGGUUCGAUGCAUCCAUAUAUGUCUUUUAUGUGUUCAAGAAGAUCCUGCAGAGCGUCCGAUCUUGUCGACCAUUUUCAUGAUGCUCACAAGUAAUACUGUGACUUUACCAGUGCCUCUACAACCAGGGUUUCCCGUUCAGAGUUGA